AUGGGGGCUGAACAGUCUGGGAUGUCUGCCCCGGGCGAGGGACACCGAGCUCGGGGGUCGUCUCUGUCUUCGCUUGGGGGAGGCGAUAGAGAAUUCAACUCCCCGAGGGAACACCACGACGAAGAGCAUGUCGGACGAGACGCGCGGAUACGCCGAGAAUUCGAAGAAGAGUCUGGAUCGGCCUCGCAUGCGUUCCCGCCGUCGCCUUCGGGACGCCUGGGAAGCUACGUCCCUUCGGCGAUUUCGAGGUCGGCGACGUGGGCUUCCUCGCUCCUCUGGAGGCGGAACGGGUCGGGCGCUGGUCAGGGCCGCGAGGCAGCGAUCAUGCCUUCCUGUGCUGGUCCAGGGCAGAUAUCCCACCCUCCCUCGCCGCGCUCUUCGCCGAACGAGGUCUUUGCCUCUCCUCUUCGCCUUUUCUCGUCUCGCCCGGGAGAGCCUGUCUCUGCGGCGCCCUCUUCUCCCGGAGAUGGGAGUUUGCAUGCAAGAAGUGCGACGGUCACGCUUCCACCCCACUUUCUGUUCCAACCUGGGAGCAUCCGAGAAGCGAUUCUUCAGCCCGGUGCCGCCCCCGAUUCUCUUAGAGAGAAGCGGCUGUCUUUCUCUUCGUGCUCUGUCGACCCAACCUACCAGCCGUCUCCCUCUUGUCCGCAUGCCGCGUCUAUGUCUUUUGCGUCCUCUCUCGAGGGCUCCGCAGAGCCUUCGCAUGUGCCGCCAGCGCAGUCGCCGUCCCGGCGGUCUUCUGGGCUCUUUCUGAACUCAACCUCGCUGCGCGGAGCUCGAGGCGCCUCGACUGCUACGCCUGCCUUGCAGGCUCCGCACAUCCACUUUGGCGUUCACAUGCCUCAGCAAGUCUCUGCGACUCCAGAGGAUGCCUGUGGAGACACUACGAGGGAGGAGCCGGACGAAGGCAACGCAACGCGAGGGAAGGGCCAGGAGACACUCGCGAGGACGGACCGCGCCAGGGACUCCGUAAGCUCUUUGCGUUCGCAUAGAGAAGCCGAAGAGUCCGGAGACCACGGGAGAGACAGGGAGGCGGAAGCGCCUCCGAUGUCGCUUCCCUCCACGUUUUCCUCGUCUUCCGUCGCUUCUUCGUCGGUUCUGCGAGCAGGCAGAGAGGAUGCUCCCUCGACCUUACUCCCCCCAGCUUCGUCUCUCGCGUCUCGCCAGACGGUGACUCGCUGCUCCGGCGACGACGGGACCGUCGCUUCUGCGAAACGCGAGACCGUCGAGGGCGGGAGGGAGACACACCCCUGGACGGUGGUACACGACUCCGAGAACAAGCAGAAAGAGAGUUUGAGCAAGCGAGGGACAGCUCUCCUCGACUUUUGGCAGGAGGAACAGGAGCGACAAGAAGACAAGCUCGCCUUCGACAGGGGCGAAGCGCGGUGUCUCUACGUGGCGAAAGACGUCUUCGUGCCAGGGAUCCUCACCCUCGAGCGGGAGGCUCUGAAGUUUCGGAAAGCUGUCUCCCCAGGGGGCUCUGGAAUGGCGGGAGUGACUCCGCUUCUCAGCGUGAGUCUGACCGACAUUGUCGAGUGCGCAUGUGUCUGUCCGCCGCCUUCCGUCAACGACGAGGAGUCCUCGAAUCCGAAUGCCUUCGCGAAAUCUUCUUCUCUCUUGUGGCCUUCGGCUUCGGUGUCGGGGUCUUGCCUUGGAGAGACAGCGCGAGAGGAGGAAGGGACUUCUGCCGGCGAAGUUUCGCAGGCGUUAGGAAGGCGAGGAAGGAGCGUGGAGGCCCGCCAACCGCCUCCAGCCCUCGCUCGGCAGCCUGCGGUCUACAUCCAGCUUCUCGUCGGCACUUUGAAUGGACCUUCUCAGCUCCUGGAAGAGGCGACAGAGGCGAGACACGCACGCGAAGAAGUCGAGGAGAGGGACGUUGCGCAGAGGCGAGGUGUGGAAGAACAAAUUGUGAGUGAGCUGGAGACGCAAACGCCUCAGAAAGGAAAAUCGGCGAAGCCGCCAGGAGGCGAAGAACAGCCGAUCCCCUCUGAGGGGAAUACGGGCGUUUCUGCCUCUCUAACUGUCUCCAGUGCCCCCCCCGCUCCCACCGCCUCUGCGUACUGCACCCCGAUUUCCUCGCCGCUUUCUCCUCUCUCUUCAUUCUCCUCUUCUGAGCACCUCGGCUUUCCUCCUCUCUUGUCCGCCUCUGCUUCCUCUUCGCGCAUCCAGGCGAGCACCUUGUCUCCAACUGAAGGCGGCGGCAGAGCGUCUGACGAGGACUCUCGGGAUCGGCUCGGCUCUUCCUCUUCCCGAGGCAGAGACUCCAGUGCGUCCUUACCACAUUCAGGGGAGUACGAACGACAGGCGUGUACUCAGUCCCGACCUCUGGAGUCCCUGCGUCACCUCGAUGCUGGCUCUGCGCAACCUAGUGCCUCUCCAGAGCACCCCACCUCGGACCGUGAAGCUCCGAAGCAAGACUUCACUUCCUCACAGACUAACCAGCUCUCUGCGAAUCCCAGCGUGUCCUCCAUCACUGUCGCUUCAGCGAGCGCGGCGUCGCCUUCGCCGCGGGAAGAACAGCCGUCCCUCUCCUUCCCCACAGUUUCGUCUCAGUCAGUGUCUCCGGCUCCUCCAGCAGCUGCCUUACCGCUUCCGACCUCGCCGUCGGCGGCUGUCCAGGCUUUUCUGAGGCGCGGAAGCGACGGAGACCAUAGCGGCUCUCAGGCGCCCGCCCCCCGCACGGCGUCGUUUGCCCUCUCGCCUCUUCGCCUGCUGUCUCGCGGCGCCUCUGGGUUCGUCGACUUCUGGUCUAAAUGGAAAGGUCCUGCUGGCCUUCCCGACGAGGCUGCUCGCGUCGAACGCGAGGGCAGAGACGACAAAGCUGGGAGAGAAAAAUCGAGACCCGAGGAACGAAGAAGCGACGCAGAGGGUGGCUCGCCGCUCGCGCGUACCGACGGGAAGCGAACGCAAGUGAAGCGCGUCGUGCCUCAUUUCCAAGGAAACGAGAACGUCAAUUUCGUUCUUUUCGGCUUCUUCAACAAGGAACUCGCCCAAGAGUUUACGCGGGCCAUCAUCAAGUUCGUCGACCACUGCCAGGCAGAGCAUCGAAACGUCCGCAUCGUCGCGACGCACAUCCCUUCCAAUUCCAAUGUGCUCGUUGGACGCUGGGCUGCGGAGUUCGCCCGCUCGGCCAUGUUCCAGGAGGACGAAGACUUGGUCGCUCUCAGUUCACCCACACACUCGCUUCAGAGCUUCGACAGCGUGGGCAGCGACGAGGCGGUAGCGGACGGUCCCCGGGCUUCUGUCGGUCGCGGCGCGUCUCGUUCUUCCGACCUCAGCGGCUCUCGGUCUCGCCGCGCGUCGUCUGCUGCGCUCUCGCUGUCUGGCAAACCUCGUACGCCGUCGGGUACACGCGCGCACAGAGCGUCGCGGCCUCACCCGCAGCUCCGGAGUUCAUCUUCCAUCGUCUCUGACGGGGACGGAGAGAAGGCGUUGUCGCCUUCCCUCUACCAGUUUCUCGUGAUGCAGUCUCGGCGGUCCUCCAGUGACGGCUGGCUAGGCACCUCUGUAGGCAGCGACCGCUCUCCCUCUGCCGCCGAUGCCGAGGGCGACAUUUUCUGCGCUGGAGAGCCCGAGCAGGAAGAGAUGACUCGUCCCCAGAGCUUCGGAAAGGGAUCCACUCUUACGCUGCCGCUGCCGGACUACGAAAUUCCUGAAGGCGCUCCUGCCCUCCUCACCAAUGGCAUCGUCUCUCAGCUUGCCGUCCACCUUCCUUUGAUGUUGACGAUGAAACGCUGGUCUCUCGCCUUCUGCCAUAAAUUGCACGGCAUCUCCCUCAACACCUUUUAUCGCAAAUGCUCCUACCGCGGCUCGUGCCUCUUGUUUCUGCAAGAUGCCCGGGGCAUCCUUUUCGGGGCGUUUCUGAGCGAGAUUCGCGAGUGUGCGAAAUACUACGGCUCAGCCGAGACGUUCGUCUUCACCUUCAAAGGACCUGACGGGAAAAUGGAUCCCGAGCAUCCGACGCUCCACGUGUACAGGUGGAGCAAACUGAACAGCUAUUUCAUCUACACGGACCACGACGUCCUGGGAAUUGGAGGCGGAGGUCACUACGCCAUUUCGGUCGACAAGGACCUGCUGCGAGGCUCCUCGUCUUGCUGUCUGACCUUCAAUUCGCCGGUGUUGUCGUCCUCCGAAGAUUUUAUUGUGAAGGCGUUUCAGGUAUGGACCUUCGAAGACUACUGAAGAGCGACAGCCAGGCAUGCCGUCGCCCCCAGGACGAGGCGAGAUCUUAUUGUCUCCAAUUUUGAAAAUCCUGGCUCAACUUGUCAGACACUGGUACACAAAUAUGUCAUCCAUACCGCACUCGAAAGACUUAUUCAGAAGUCUGUGUGCGAGUUCCGGUAGUGACUUCUAAAAGCCCGAUCUUCAUAUUUUUGUAAAGCGAUGCAAAUCUGUAUUUAUCGGGUAUGAGCGCUUUUGUCCGAAGAUCUAUGUUCAUGCAUGGAGUUCUUGCCGCCCCACGUCUGUAUGCAUAUGCAUGCACACCUGGCUUUCUGUACACAUGUAUUACCUUGUGCUGUUCGCGAACGUACCUCACUCUCACUGGGUAUAUAUAUAUAUAUAUAUAUGUAUAUAUAUGAUGGGUUGGUUUGUUUUGAGGGAGUGCCUCGUGCAUCUUUUUCGAGAUGUGAGAGGGAGAAACACGGUCGUGUCGUGUAAUUUUUCCUUCCCACGCAUGCGCGGUCCGUGGCCGUGAAGGAGGCGACCGUCGCUUUUCUCGGCAGUGCCGUCGUUUCUUUCUGGGGCUCUUCUUUGCACUGU